UACAUUCAGCUGCUGUUUAUUAUUGUUGUUGUUUCUUUCGGGUAGACCGACACACAACGACUUGCUCGCUGAAAGGAGUAAGAAAAAAGCAUUAGGAUGGAUCCCUAUAAACUAUGGACUUUACUAUGUUUACUGGGUCUCUCCCUGCCAGGAUUGAUCUCGGUUAAUGGAAGACUAACUAGAGUGGACAGUGACAACCGACCAUCUUGUGCUGAUGGCCAACCGAUUUCCAAAACACGAAUUACAACCGCCGAUCGUGUAAUGGCACUACGAAUAUGGUUCCGAAAUCCGGUCGGAGAUGGUAAAAGGAUAGAUGCUUACAUCGUACCAUCAGAAGACGCUCAUCAGAGUGAAUAUGUUGCUGCUUACGAUAAACGGAGAGCAUUUAUUAGUGGAUUCAAAGGAACACGAGGAACAGCUGUCGUAACUACAAACCAAGCGGCUCUUUGGACUGACGGUCGCUACUUUUUGGAGGCGGAAUCUAUCUUAGACUGCUCCUGGAUUCUUCAGCGUAUGGGUAACCCAGGUGUUGUUGAUAUUCCUGAAUGGCUUGGCAAAGAGCUGCCAUCUGGUAGCAGAGUUGGUGCCAGUCCUAUGCUUAUGUCAGCAAUGAAAUGGAAAGAAAUGUCUAUGCAACUGGCUAGAUACAACAUCACUUUGAUUGAAGUACUCCAGGAUCUUGUCGAUUUGGUCUGGACUACAACUCGACCCGAAAAACCAAACUCUGUCAUCAAUGCUUUACCACUCAAAUUCGCAGGUAAAAGUUGGCAAGACAAAGUGCAAGACCUCCGCAAUGAAAUGGUCAAACAAAAUGUUGCAGCAUUCAUAGUGACCAGCCUGGAUGAGAUUGCUUGGCUUUUUAACUUUCGCGCAAAGGACGUGCCUUUCAAUCCAGUGGCCAUAGCGUACGCGAUAGUUGAUCGACAGAAAAUAAGGCUCUACCUGAAUAAUCCAUCAGAUAAGUUGAAUUACGACCCAACUGACAGUGAGACCAAUAAAAAGCUGUACGAACAUCUCAACACUAACCGAAGAGGGCGUUGCCUUCGUAAAGACGACUGUGUUGAGGUUUUGAAUUACAAUGCUAUUCUUAAAGACAUCAAAGAAUUGGUCUAUAAUUUACACCGCAAAAUAUGGAUCCCUGAAGCGUGCAAUUAUGCCAUCUACAACUUAAUUCCUGAGGACCAAAGAUUUAUGACACUAUCACCAGUUGCCAAGAUGAAAGCUGUCAAAAAUGAUGUUGAACGUAAAGGCAUGGAGAAUGCACAUAUUAAAGAUGCUGUCGCUUUAAUAGACUUUGUACAAAAACUGGAGAGAGAGGUGAAAGCAGGAGAAAUGUGGACAGAAAUCUCAGCAGCAACAGAACUUUCGAAGAUAAGAAGUAAGCAAAAAUACAACCGCGGUUUGAGUUUUGACAGUAUUUCAGGAUCUGGCCCAAACGGUGCCAUAAUUCAUUACCGCGCAAACAACGUCACUAAUCGAGAAAUUACCACCAAGGAUAUUUAUCUGCUGGAUUCUGGUGGCCAGUAUUUAGAUGGUACCACAGAUGUGACAAGAACAUUUCAUUUUGGAGAACCAACACGUUACGAAAGAGAAUGUUACACAAGAGUAUUGAUGGGUGCUAUUGACUUGGCUCAGCAGAAGUUCAUUGCUGGUACACCAGGAUACGCACUCGAUGCCCUGGCAAGACGUCACUUGUGGAAUGUAGGGUUACAAUAUAUGCAUGGAACCGGACACGGAAUCGGAGCGUAUCUCAGUGUUCAUGAAGGCCCAAGCGCUUUCUCAAACCCGCCUUAUCAUCUUACUCCUUUGAUGGUCGGUAUGUUCUUAUCCGAUGAGCCCGGGUUUUAUGAAGCAGGUGCAUUUGGAAUACGUCUGGAAACCAUAUUGAUGGUUCAAAAUGCGACAACCAAGUAUCGAUUCAUGAACUUCAAUUUUUUCAAAUUCAAACCUAUUACACUGGUACCUUUCGAACCGAAUCUCAUUGACUAUUCUAUGCUGAGUAAAGACCAGAUUUAUUGGUUGAAUAAUUACAACAAGCUGUGCGAGGAUAUAAUUGGCCCUGAAUUAAUGAGACAGGGGAAGAACGACGCUUUGAAUUGGUUGCAAAAAAGAACGGAACUUAUCAGCAGCGCAGCCACAAUAACUUCUUCUCUCUGUCUUUUCCUGUCCGUUUUUCAUUUUACCAUUUUUUAAAGAAAGAAUACACGGAAGACAUUUCAUAUGUCUCACUUUAUUAAUAACAUU